AUGGGAAUUUGCGGAACUUCAUCAAUGAAAUCACAUCCUAGUGAGAAAUUAAUUGAACAGAAUAAAGAAAAAAAUGGAAACUAAAUCUCCUAAUCUAAAACAGUUAGAUUGUUUGAUUACAAUCAAAAUAAGAUAGUUCAAGUACCAGUUUUAAAACCAGCUACUUAGAAUAAUUUAUAUUUUAAGCGAUAAGCACAAAGUCCUAAUCAAAAUCAAGAUACUGUUCAAUUACUAACAUAAUCUUGA